AUGCCCCAGGCCCUGGAGUGUUCGGAGGGUUGCUGGGCCUGGAUGGUGCUCCUGGCCUCUGUGGUGACCCAGGGCCUCACCCUGGGCUUCCCCACAUGCGUCGGCAUCUUCUUCACUGAACUGCAGCGUGAGUUCCAGGCCAGCAACAGCGAGACCUCCUGGUUCCCAUCCAUCCUGACAGCCAUGCUCCAUGCAGGGGGACCCUUGUGCAGCAUCCUGGUGGGACGCUUCGGCUGCAGAGCGACGGUGAUGCUGGGCGGCGUGCUGGCCAGCCUGGGCAUGGUGGCCGGGUCCUUCUGCUGCACCCUCGGCCAGCUCUACCUCACGGCAGGCUUCGUCACAGGCCUGGGCAUGUGCUUCAACUUUCAGUCAAGCAUCACUGUGCUGGGACUCUACUUUACCUGCUGGCGGGUGCUGGCCAACGCGCUGGCCUCGGCGGGCGUCUCCCUGGGCAUCAUGCUGUGGCCACUGCUCUCCCGCUCUCUCCUGGAGGGCCUGGGCUGGAGAGGCAGCUUCCUCAUCUUCGGCGGGGUUCUCCGCUGCUGUGUCUGUGGGGCCAUCCUGAGGCCCGUGCCUGCCAGUGUGACCCCUGAGACCAGAGAUGGCCUCCCUCCACCUUCCAAGAGACCCGCACGAGGCUGCCCGGCAGCACGCGGUCGGGCCAUCCAGCGCCACCUGGCCUUCGAUGUCCUGCGGCACAACGUGGGCUACCGCGUGUACACACUGGGAGUCGUCUGGAUGAUCAUGGGUUUCCCACUGCCCCACGUCUUCCUGGUGUCGUAUGCCAUUUGGCACGGGGUGGAUGAACACAGGGCGGCCCUGCUCAUCUCCAUCAUUGGCUUUAGCAUCAUCUUCCUGCGGCCCAUGGCUGGGCUGGUGGCAGGCCGGUGGGACUUUGCUAGCCACCGCAAUUACCUGUUCAGCCUGGCGGCCCUGCUCAACGGGCUCACCAACCUGGCAUGCGCAGCGUCGGCCGACUUCCGGGUGCUGGUGGCCUACUGCCUGGUGUACAGCGUGUCCAUGAGCAGCAUUGGUGCUCUCCUUUUCCAGGUCCUCAUGGACAUUGUCCCCAUGGACCGGUUCUCCAGCGCCCUGGGCCUCUUCACCGUCCUGGAGAGCAUCUCCAUCCUCAUCUCCCCGCCACUGGCUGGACUCCUCCUAGACACCACCAGCAACUUCAGCUAUGUUUUCUACAUGUCAAGUUUCUUCCUCAUCUCAGCCGCCCUCUUCAUGGGUGGCAGUUUCUGGGCCCUGGGGAAGAUGGAGAGGCAGGGCCCGCAGGCUGAGGUGCAAGGAGCUGUAACAGAGGCUGCCCCAGAGCACGGCCUCACUAUGGAGGACACAGACGGUCCCAAGAAGCAGCUGCGCGUGGAGAUCAUGUAUGUGACCAGCGUCUGA